GGACGGGGCAGACAAAACCGAAAACCCACAUCCAGCAGCACACGGCGCGCGCGGCAGCACGCUCAAUCUUGUUUUGCGCGUUACAAAGCGAACACAGCGUGUGUUUUUCCUCCGUGUCACUCACCGCUGCUGAAAACGCGCCAUAAAAAUUUGUGCAGCACACUCGGUGCAAACUUUGUUUGUUGUGUGGAAACGCUUUCCUUCUCGUGUGGGAAAAAUCCAAGCAGACCGUGUUUGUGAUAAGUGUUUGAAACGGAAGAUUAAAGUGAUUAGAAGAAAGAAGCCCCUCAGCGAGAACUGAAAUUCAAAUUUUGCUUCCAAGUCGAGCGGCUGGCUCGUCUCUGUGUGUGCGCUUGUGAACGCGUCUGCGUGUGUAUGUUUGUGCUUGGCUUUUGUGGCCUGUAUGAUAUAGGCUGGCUUGAGCCACUUUGGUCUGCUUUGCCUGGUGAACAACCUCGAUCGAACCGCCGUGGUGCGUGGUGUGUGGUGCAUUAGAGAGAUAGCGGAAGAAAAGCAAAGGAAAAGCCCAUCAUCCUCCUCACGCCCGCGCUGUUUGUGUGUGCGUGCGUGUGUGUGUGUGUGUUUGGGUCGGUCAUACAGAAGGGGAAAGCGAGGAAAAUUACUUGCCCCUCGCGCCGUCGGGCUGAGCCAGCAGCAAUCGCAGCAGCAUCGGAUUCAGCUGCUACAAUUCCACUUGGCAGGAACGGUUCCGGAAUUGAGAAGAAGAAAUCAGAUAAGCGUAUCCGGCACGAAGGACCAAAACAAGCAGCUUUCGCUACAUAUCCAACGUGUGGGUUGAAACACAGUCUCUCUCCGUGUGUGCGUGUGAGAGUGUGACGUUACGAAGGACAUCUCGCCCUCCCCCAGAAUAUUAUCAAGUGCAACAGUGGCAGCAGGUUUGCUGGCAACGGUCGCAAAGCUGGAUUACAAAAUGCUGAUGCAGGUCUCCCCGGAUGCGGCCGAUGCCGCACUGGCGCUGGUGCAGUCGGGCGGCACCGGCACGACGACGACCACGUCCUCCUCCCAGAGCAGCCAGAAGGACACGACCUGGACGAAGCUGUUCGUGGGCGGGCUGCCGUACCACACGACCGACAAGAGCCUGCGGGAGCACUUUAGCGUGUACGGCGAUAUCGAGGAGGCCGUUGUGAUAACCGACCGCACCACCAGCAAAAGCCGCGGCUACGGAUUCGUGAUUAUGGGCGACAGACUGAGUGCCGAGCGUGCCUGCAAGGAGCCGAACCCGAUCAUCGACGGCAGGAAAGCGAACGUGAACCUAGCGAUACUGGGCGCCAAACCGCGGGGCAACGCAUCACAAGGUUACCAGUUCGCCACGACAGGACUGCGGACGGCCGGCUACCCAGUGAUACCGGGCCAGUACGGAGUGCCACCGUCUUACAUUUACGGCACACCGUACCUAGGCACGGCAGGCGGAUCGACCGGAGCGGGCGCAACCGCCUCCGGACUGGUGCCGAUCCCUGCCACCCAGCUGUCGCACGCAGCCGCCAUCGCGGCCGCCACUAGUCAAUUCUACGAGUACCAGAAUGCGGUAGCAGCAGCCGCCGCCGCACCGUAUCCGGGCCAGUACAGUACAGGGUUCGAUGCGUAUCCCUAUGGAUCCGGUGCCUCAGCUGCCGGAGCUGCGGCCGCCGCCGCCCAGUACAUGGCCGGACCGUACACGUACGCCACGCUGCCGCAAGCAGGAGCUGCCGCCGCCGCCGCUGCUGCCGCGGCGGGUGCAUUUCCCGGCCUGUCGCCCUAUCAGAACGCGACCGGUGCUUCGCUCCAGGAGGCUAGACUGCAAUAAUAUUUACUACCGCAAGCGCUGAUGCUGUCGCUGCUCGGCGAUGACGUCGGUGGCGUCAACGAGAAGCGCUCGUAACUCGUGACGAGUGCGCCUUCCGCUGCGCCAACGCAGCGAGGAGUUGGAAGAUAGUGUAGUUUGUAGUGUCCGCUGCCUAGCCAAAAAAAAACAUAAAAAAGAAAAAUUGGAAAAAGGAAAUAGGAAGAACACAACGGCCCAAACCACCAACCAAUUACACAAAACACAACUAAACAGCGCGUGGUUGGAGCGUACAUUUUAGUUAGCCCCUUCGGAGGUGUGUAGUGUUUUAAAAUCUAUCAAACUAACAGCUAACCAAACCGGAAGCGUUACGUAACGUUGCGUUACGUGAAAUGCAAACAGUAAGCGAUAGGUAAUAAAGAACUCAGCAAAGCAAAGUAACGGAAUCAAGCCGGAUCAAUCAAUCACCAAUCAAUCGUCGUUCUCCAAUAUUCAUCUCUUUAAUUGAAGAAAAAAGGAAACAGCCUCAACAAACACAAAUACACCCCUCUAUGAGCGCAUAUAAUUGCCAAUUCGCACAUAUUUCAAGCACACAGCAUGUAGCCGCGGCUGAAAUGGAAGAGCUUAUUUUCCCUCUGCGGCGGUACCAGUCAGCGUCAGAAUCUGUAAACACACACACACACAUCAAGCAAAGGCCAGCGUGCGAAAGUGCGCCCCUGGGCAGCAGGCAUUCAGGCAUAUAAAGAAAUUUACUCUAUUUAUUAUACAACUAGUUUUUAACGUACUGUAGAAAAGCCGAACUAGACCGAUAUAGUAGUAACCUUGCAUGAGGAACUUGCCGCAGAACACGCGGUUGCACCGUGGGCGGGAGACACAUUAUUUACUUAACAGAUACUUUUUAGCGGAUAAGCAAUAAACAGUGUUGGACAAAGCUGUUGGAGCAGCAAUACAAAAUGAAGAACAGUACGACAGCAUAACUCUACGAAAGCUCAAUUCUUGUUUCGUGUCUUCGUCCUUCGUAAGGUCGGCUUAUGUAGCGAAGAUCUGGAAAGGUGUAAAAAAAGAAGCAAUGUUGCAAUGUUGGACAGAUGAAAACAAUCCCAGUUUACGGUUCACAGUCAGAACGUGCUCGCCCCGCCGUAGUCCUCUCAACCGAAUCCCGUGGACUGAUUUUUGCAAUAAUUGUUUAUCGGAUAUAGUUGUUGGAUAGUGGGGUAGAGGAGGCAGCAGAACUAGGGGUUGUGUAGGAAUCAGACUUUUUGAAUGCAAAUGCAAUAUCCUGUAGGAUGUGGCUGCUAUUACGAUGUAGAGCAAAACACGCAAGCAAUACCACAAAAUGAUGUAGCGUCGUCUUAUCCCCACCGAGGUAGUGAGAGAGGAGAGUGAGAGAAGAAAAAGCGAUUAGCGAAAAACAGAAAGGAACAGAUUUCAGAGCACUAGAAGUGGCAGCAUCAAUUGGUUUCACAUUUGCACAUUAGUGAGUCGGAUCGAUGCGUACGUUCGCAAGCAAUACUAAAAACAAAAAAAAAAAACAAGCGAACAAAGCUCGAUCGUUGCGUAUCAUUUUUCCGUUUCCGUUGUUUCCGUUUUUCGCGGUUUUCGCGCGUGUAACGUGGGGGAGGGGGGAGGGGUGGGAGGACAGAAGACAGAUGCAUACAGAGAAGAAUGAAAUUCUAGUCAAAUGUGUGUGUAUGUGUGUGCGUGUGAAAUUAUGUGCGUUUGUAUGUGCUUUUGUAUCGUAUGGUUUUGUUGUGCUUUGGCUUUUCCCCUGUGAAGUUGGGAGAUUAAUUUAUUUUGUCCUUUUUUGUUUGGGUUGUUUUUUGCGCCUUUAAAUGCGCAUCCAUCGUUGUGUUGUGCUUUAUUUGGACAACUCUUGUUUCGAUGCUGUACUAUCUCUUUCGCAGUUGAUUUUGUUAGUACAUUAGCUGCUCUCGCUUUAUCUGUGUUUUUUUUGUGAAAUUUAUGAGCGAAAUUAUGAUUUUUCAAUUUCUUGCUUCGAUUUGCAUGUUUUGCAUUGCUCUUUUUUUCUCUCUUCUACAAAAUCCUUCAUUUUUGCACAUUUACGUGUAAUGGGUAGAGUAUGAACGUACGGCCACCAAAUCGAAACCUCAGAAACCGCCGAUCUAAAAGUUAACCUUUAUAUACACCAAAACGAAGAAAGUUAGUGUUCGUGUCACUACCCCGAGUCAAGCAAGAUUUUAGUAGCAGCAACAGAGGAGUUUUGGAAUAUUUGGAAGAAUCAUAACAAAAAGGAGUCAAAAUUUAGCAGCACAGUGCGCACAAGUGUGGAUAGUAGGAGUGGUGAAAUUGUGCCUUUCAAAACAGAAGAAGAAACAAACACAUAACAACCAGUACCAGCAAAAAGCGAAGCUGAAACAGUAACAACACCGAGCAAUGAAACGAAACACAGCAAUACAGAAACACACACUAACAUGGUAUCAUGCUGCUGGAGGAGACGCGAUACGCUUUGCCGCUUGAAAGGAAUCAAACCGUGGGCUUUUGAAAGCGGAUAGGGAGACACGGUUGUUGCUCAGUCAGUCAGUCAGUCAGCAGCCCAGGAACGUUGCGCGGUGGAACAAAUUCGGUGACAAUACCCAAACAGACCCACCAGCACCCAUCCACCACCAGCUCCCCAACUUUGACGGUAGAUUUCGGACGUAGAUUUCAUGCCAGUUAGCUCCCAACUUUGUAUCAGGCACACUGAAACACCACGAAAUUCGUUAACAAAAAGCAAAGAGUACAUGAGGUCCAUGCUGGACGUACGGAGAAAAGAAAUAUGCCAAUCUUAGGUGAGACUUAUCGAAAUCACGAUUCUAAUGCGCUGCGGGUGAACGGGGUUACCCUUGUUCGGGUGGAAAGAGCUGCAGAAGAAAUGCGUGCUAAAAAUUGUGUAAAAAUGUGUAGUGGUUGAACUUAGAAAACGACAAAAGGAAAGGGGAACCCCCUCGUAGUAAGACCACUUUUUUGGGGGGAGGGGAGCGAUGUUUUUGAGCUGCGCAGUACAUUUGAUGCAUUGACCAAACGCAACGAGUUAGAGGUGGAGAGCACAUCUUCUUUUUUGAAAUAAAAGCAUCGUGUAAAAAUGUUAAAAACUCCCGGGGGGAGGGGGCUGGAAGGAGCUCUGUUCACGGCAACCAAAGGAUAGAGGGAUUAGGGGAUAGGGGAAUCGAAAAGGGGAAAGGAGAGGCAGUACGAGAAGCGCCGUGAUUGUAGAUGUUAAGUUUAAAUUAUUUAUACACGACACGAGUGGCGAGCGACGACCAGUGGCGGCACAGUUGGCAUUAUAGGCAUAUAAGCAAUCCGGUACACGUCUUAUAAGAAUCUCACACGCAAUUCAAUGCCUGCAUUGUGGGGGGCAGGAAACUUUAGGAUUAGGAGGAGGGCCGCGGACCAGGGACACACGGGGAUCAGAAUCAACCGGCGCGCCUCAGUGUAAAGCCCCCGGAAGAGCCGGAAGGUUUUUUGUCUGGUGUGAUCGUUCGAUCGUUGCUCUGGUGCUCGUGUAAACCACCAACCCGAUCGAUCGGGACAGGGGUCGAAUUGGAGUAACAAUUAACGGUUUACGGUAAGCAUAUUUUAAACUGUCGGUUAUUAACAACACUAUUAAUUCAACAAGUUCUACCAGCUGUGUAAGCCGAAAGGAGCAGCGAAAGAACAAAAAACAUUAAAAAAGCAAAUAACAAACAAAUCACAAGUAAUUGAUUUACACCCCCAAAAAAGAACCCUUACACACGCAUAUUCGCAUAAGAAAUGGUGGAAGGAUCGAACAGAUAAGCAACACAAAAAAAGUUAAAAGAAAAUAAGGAAAAGAUAAUAAAAGAACAAAAAAAAACAAGAUUGAUAAGAUGAUUAAGUACUAACCAAACGGCCACUGGGCUACACAGAUAUCAUAAAAAAACAACAACAAGACAUCAGCAUAGUUUAGGAGGGAGGGAAUAUAACAAAAAAAAGGCGAAAGAAAGGAUACUAUACAGAUUAGAAGCUCUACAUAUACAUAAAAAAUAUAUAUAUAUUUAAAAAAUA